AUGGCUAUCACCAACAUCGUCACUGCCACCCCCCCGCCACCACCACCAUCACCAUUGCCACAUCCACUGUCACCAUCUACACCGCCACAUCCACAGCCACCAACAUCAUCACCAUUGCAACUCCUACCGUCGUCACCCCUACCACAACCACAACCACAACCAUCGCCCGAGCCACCCCUAGCGCCACCACCUACACUACCACCACAGCCACCACCGCUACCACUCUCACCAUUACCACCACCCUAA